AUCCAAUCAGCUCAAGAGAGAACCUCUAUAAAUAAUCAAAGCAGCCUUACCUCCAUUAUCUCCCGUCCUUAGCAUCCUUAGCACCAUGUCAGACAUCGAGCUUUUCCCGGACGAUAAUGAAUUCGACACCACGGGUCCUCCGGCGUCUUCAGUCGCCGUCCAGCACACCAGCGCUCCGCAGGACACCAUAAGCGAGCCCGCGGCUGCAACUCGGGGCCGCCGGCCCUCCCGCGCCGCCAUCGCGCAUACCUCCAGGCACCGAGGCACGCCAUCACCUGCGCCUUCAAGGCGUCAGCCACCUUCUCCAGCGUCCUCCUACGCCUCAGCCCUCUCCCCCGCCCCAGCUGCGGAGAAAUGGACCGUGGCAGAACUACGCCAGGCGCUCGUCAGCUCCGGCGUCAGCGUCCCACGACGAUCAGCCAAGGCAGAUCUCCUCGCCCUCUACACUUCCCUCCAAACAGGGGCGCCUCCAAGCUUCACUCCUCCAUCCAAGGCCGCGGACAAAGCGAGCCAGGGCCGUAGUGUUCCAUACUCNCGGCCCGAAUUAACCACCACUCCUUCGAAGACGGGCUUCCGGCCAGCAGGCCGCAGCAAAAAGCCUUCGGCAAGCCUGGGCCGCGCCCCGGAUGCCGCCAGCCCCAGACCGGGUCCGGGCUUAAUCCCGAGCUCGGACCCCUCUCCCCGGCCAUGGGGCGGGCCCCGGGCUCGAGAGUAA